UUUUCUUUAUGAAAACCUAAAAGAAACCCUACAAUUCACCGUUCCUUUUUCCUUUCUUCUUUAACCCCUUUUUGGAAAGAGGAAAAAAUUCCAGAAAAGGUGAUUUGAUGAGUGAAAAAAUUAAGCCCAGAAAUUCAAACCAACCCUAAUAAGAAUAAGCUUAUAAGCCAGGAUUUUUAAAUUUUUUUUACCACCACUGUUAAGCCUUCACUACGGCCUAAAAAUUGAGGGGGGAAAAAGCUAUUCUUUACCUUGUUUUCCUAAUAUAAAAUUUUGGGUUUACCAAGUGAAGUAAAGUCAUGUUGGAUAGUUCAGUUUUCUUGGAAAAUUCUGGUGUUGACGGUGCUGAUGGUAGUGGUACAAGUGGUGGCGCUGCCUCUCAUGGGGUGGCUAUUGAACAUAGAAAUGAGGGUGGCAGUGGUGACGGCGGUGAAGAUAUUGACCGGAAUUCACCUGGUAAUCGGUGGCCACGUGAGGAAACUUUGGCUUUGUUAGAGAUAAGAUCCGAUAUGGACCGUGCAUUUCGUGACGCCAUUCUUAAAGCUCCUCUCUGGGACGAAGUUUCUAGGAAAUUAGGUGAGCUUGGAUACAAUCGAAGUGCCAAGAAAUGCAAAGAAAAAUUCGAGAACAUCUAUAAGUAUCACAAAAGAACGAAAGAAGGCAGAUCCAGUCGGCAAAAUGGGAAAAACUAUAGAUUCUUCGAGUUAUUAGAGGUUUUUGAUAAUCAACUCUCAGUUCAAUCGACUCCCUUGAACCAAGUCCAAAAGUACCUGACGGAAACGAGAGCAACUGCACCGUUAAGGGUAAAUCCCUUAAAUGCAUCUCAAGGUUUAAGGGUAGUACCUUGUUCGAGUCAAGAUCCGGAUACUGAAUUCAUGCCCACCUCUACAUCCUCCUCGGAAGAGAGAUCUGAAGGAAUUGUUGAGAGAGAGAGGAAAUUAGCAGAAUAUUUUGAGAGAUUAAUGAAGGAUGUUUUGAAGAAGCAGGAGGAUUUACAGAACAAGUUCUUAGAAGCCAUAGAGAAAUAUGAGAAGGAUCGGAUAGCAAGAGAUGAAGCAUGGAAGGUACAAGAAAUGGCUAGAAUAAAGAGAGAACAAGAUUUUUUAGCCCAAGAACGAGCAAUUUCUGCUGCAAAGGAUGCAGCUGUGCUUGCAUUUUUGCAAAAGAUCUCGCAGCAUUCAACGAAUCUGCAAAUUCCAGAGAUUCCGUUUUCAGCAUUUGGCAAACAUUUGGAGACAAAUGAUAAUGUGUUGGAGAAGCGCAUUGACAAACAAGAAAACGGUGUUGGGGAGACUUCAAAUCAUACUGAUAAACAAGAGAAUAGUGUUGGUGAGAAUACUACUCUGAUGAGUUCUUCAAGGUGGCCAAAAGCAGAAGUUGAAGCUUUGAUCAUGCUUAGAACUGAUCUUGAUUUGAAAUACAACGAUAAUGGGCCUAAAGGGCCCUUGUGGGAGGAGAUUUCUUCUGCCAUGAAGAAACUUGGUUAUGAUAGAAGUGCAAAGAGGUGUAAAGAGAAAUGGGAAAACAUAAACAAAUAUUACAAGAGAGUAAAAGAUAGCAAAAAGAGGCGGCCUCAGGAUUCGAAAACUUGUCCUUAUUUCAACUUGCUUGAGUCUAUCUAUGCAAAGAAGUCUAGAACCGAACAUACUUCAGAAAAUUUGAGUUACAAUAUGCAGCCUGAAAGUAUUUUAUUGGAAAUGAUGGGCCAACAAAAAAAUCAACCUCCUCCACUGCAGCCACCACAGCAACAUCAUCAGUCGGGGGCAGAGGAUGGUGAGAGUGAAAAUCAAAAUCAAGAAGACAAUGCUGAGGAUGAAGAGGAUGAUGACAAUGGAGAUGGUUAUCAGAUUGUCACUAAUAUCCCCUUUUCAUUGUCAACCAUGGGGUAAGGUGAAGGUCAAACUCCGGUGCUGAGGAUACUUUAUUGGCAUGUUUCACAAGUUGGAUUAAUCAACAUUGGACAAAAUUAAUGUCCGAUCAUAUCUGAUUCUGUCUACCAGACAUGCGCUCUCUAUUUAGUGUAAAUUUAGUCAUAUGUUUUUUGGGAUUAUGGUUACCGAGAUUAUUGUUUGGUGUGUGAUGUAACAUAGUGAUGAUGUAACAUAGUGAUAGUAUCCUUUCUUCCUAUUUAUACUGCACAAUGCACACCUUGCCUUGCACAAGCUUGGUAGUUUAUUGGUUGAGUUUGCUUGUCUUAAUAAAGGCCAGACAUUUAUUUUUCACUAUAAUAAUAUAUCAAUAAAUGAUGAGAUGGCUAGUUUAAUGCCAUGUGACCAGAUGAUUUAAGCUAA